UUGAGCAUCUCAAUGGAUGGCCCCAAUGUAAACUGGAAGUUUUUAGAAAUGAUGCAAGACCAGCAAAAAGAUCAAUUCAGCAAACAGUUGUUAGUGGUUGGCAACUGUGGACUCCAUACCAUGCACAAUGCAUUCAAGGCUUGUUUCAGUGCAUGGUCAUUGGAGAAGGUGCUAAGUAGUAUGUAUAGACUAUUCAAAGAUGCACCUGCAAGACGGGAAGAUUACAUGACUGUUAAUGGUCUUACAACUGGGGCAGAUUCAAACUUUCCACUUAAGUUUUGUGGCCACAGAUGGUUAGAAAAUGAGCCGGUCCUCACAAGAGCACUUGAAGUUUGGGACAGAGUUAUCAAGUAUGUAGAGGCAGUUGUUGCUAAGAAAGUAUCUCAUCCAAACAACACUUCAUUUGAUGUUCUCCUCAAUGCAAGAAAAGACAAGCUCAUAAAGGCUAAAUUCCAGUUCUUCUUGGCUGUGUCAAUGGCAGUGACUCCAUUCCUGACCAAGUACCAGUCUGAUCAACCUCUCCUUCCUUUCCUGGUCAUAGAUUUGAAGAAAUUGCUGAAGGGUUUGCUCAGGAGGUUUAUCAAGAAAGAACAGCUUGCAAUCCACGACUCUGCUGAAAAAUUGGUGAAAAUCAAAGUCUCGGACAAGGAUAUCACCUGCAUCACAGUCAUGUGGAUGUUGGCUUUGCUGCAGAUGCAACCUUGA